UGGGGGGAGACGGAGCUCCUGAAAUGGAGCCAGCCCAAACGGGCGACGAUGCUGGAGCAGGGGCUGCGUCAUUUCGGGGCUGGGAGAGGGCUCAGCUCACCCCCGCCGCCUGCCUGUCUACAGGCAGUGGGGGAAGACACCGGCAGGCCGGGACAGGGUGCGGGGCGCUGCGGGGUCGGGGCCACCUCCGCCCGCCCUUCUCUGCAAGCCCCCGGGGCAGGAAAGCCCCACGCUAGGGGAAGGGCUAAGUCGCCUUCGGUCUGCCUAGCGAUGUCAGAAAAGACAGGAACAGAAAGAGGCGUACGGGACAUGUCGGCCGCAGGGCAAGCGGGCAGGACCUGCCCCGGAUGGGGGCCCGCAGCAAAGCCGACUCCCGCGGGGGUAACGGGUCCCGGGACGGCGGGGGGAGGAGGAAUGAUCAGCAUUUAUAACGUCGGGGAGGCUCACAGCCUUUCAAAGAGUUUCAGCUGGGCCUUGCUGCAAACCGAUUUUAAGUCUACUCCUUCAAACCGCUGGCAGCCCAUGGGCCCAAGAAGCUGUCCUUGCAAGGCUCCCUGGCACCCACCUGGGGGGACAUGUGCCUGUCUAAACGGGCCAUGGUGCUUGUUAAGGAGGGAAAAGGGGAGUGAAGAGAGGAAAAAAUCCAGAUGCAUAUGCUUCUGUACACGCCUGGAUAACCCGAAAUGCUUUGUUAUGCUCAAAGCAAUAAAUAAGGUUCCGAGUGAAGCCUUCAGAAUAAAAGAUUGGUUAGUGUAAUAUCCCUAGUGCAGCUAUCAAGGUGGUCAUAAGAACUAUGAACUACAGCGUGGGUAAGCUUGAAAAACCCAGAGCAGCUCACAUUAGCCAAGAACGCUACAUAUCUGGAAGCCAGUCAACUUCACGUUUGCAGCUGACUGCCGUAUUAUGCACGAAUGUGUUUUACAUAUAGCAGACUGUAUACGGAAUAUGUCUUUAUGUUUAACAUUUUAAUUUGUAAAUGCUAAUUAGGCAGUUGGUCUCCACGGUUAUAUUAGUACAUACCUAAUCAUUUCCCACUAUAAGUAAAUGAAUACUAAAUACGGUAAA